GUUUAUACAUUUCACCCGCAAAAUUAAAUCUUCCAAUUUACAAAAAAACAUCAAUUAAACAACUACCCAAAUCCUAAUUUUCUUUGAUUCAUCAUACCCACAAAAAAUUUAAUUUUUUCAAUUUUUUGGAUUUUCCAAUUAUGCUUCAAAGACACGAUUUUUCCUUAUCUAGAUGAAUAAAUUGAUGUUUUGAAGAAAAACCCAGAAGAAUUUAACUGUUUUUCAGCUAAAAAUGGUGGAAAUGGAGCUAAGUAGGAGAAAAAGUUCAGUUCUUGAUGUUAAAUUAGGGUUUUCUUUGAUGUGUUUGAUGAUGUUUUCAACUAGUGUAAUGGGAAGGUUUGUGGUGGAAAAGAAUAGCUUGAGGGUCACGUCUCCUGAUAAAAUAAAGGGUACUUAUGAUACUGCAAUUGGGAAUUUUGGGAUACCUCAGUAUGGUGGUAGUAUGGCUGGUGCAGUUACUUAUCCUAAAGAUAAUAAGAAGGGGUGUAAGGAGUUUGAUGAGUUUGGGAUUUCUUUUAAGUCUAGCCCUGGUGCUUUGCCCACUUUUGUUUUGUUGGAUCGUGGAGACUGCUUCUUUGCUUUGAAGGUUUGGAAUGCCCAGAAGGGUGGGGCUUCUGCAGUGCUUGUUUCCGAUGACAUUGAGGAACCAUUGAUCACAAUGGACACUCCUGAAGAGGACGGUUCAUCGGCUAAGUAUAUUGAGAACAUAACAAUACCUUCUGCAUUGAUUGAGAAGAGCUUUAGCGAAAUGUUAAAGAAAUCUAUAAGCAACGGAGAUAUGGUUAAUGUUAAUCUUGAUUGGAGAGAAGCUGUUCCACACCCCGAUGAUCGUGUGGAGUAUGAAUUAUGGACCAACAGCAAUGAUGAAUGUGGGGUGAAAUGUGAUAUGCUGAUGGAAUUCGUGAAAGAUUUCAGGGGUCCAGCACAAAUACUCGAGAAGGGUGGUUACACUCAGUUUACACCCCAUUAUAUAACUUGGUACUGCCCUCAGGCAUUUACCUUGAGCAGGCAGUGCAAGUCACAGUGCAUAAAUCAUGGAAGAUAUUGUGCUCCUGAUCCUGAGCAGGAUUUCAGUACUGGCUAUGAAGGGAAAGAUGUUGUUCUUGAAAACCUAAGGCAAUUGUGUGUCUUUAAAGUUGCGAAUGAAAGCAAAAAGACUUGGGCUUGGUGGGACUAUGUAACGGAUUUCCAAAUCAGAUGCCCCAUGAAGGAAAAAAAGUACAACAAAGAAUGUGCUGAUAAUGUUAUCAAAACCCUAGGUCUUGAUAUAAAAAAGGUUGAGAAAUGUAUGGGAGACCCAAAUGCUGAUUCUGAGAAUGCUGUUUUAAAAGAAGAGCAAGAUGCCCAGGUUGGCAAGGGAUCAAGAGGUGAUGUCACCAUACUGCCUACUCUUGUUGUCAAUAGUAGACAAUACCGAGGUAAGUUGGAGAAAGGCGCUGUAUUGAAGGCCAUAUGUGCUGGUUUUGAGGAAACAACUGAACCAGCUGUUUGUUUGAGUGGCGAUGUUGAAACUAAUGAGUGCUUGGACAAUAACGGGGGUUGCUGGCAAGAUAAAGCAGCCAACAUUACAGCUUGCAAGGAUACUUUUCGCGGGAGGGUAUGUGAAUGUCCCCUUGUUGAUGGUGUUCAGUUCAAAGGAGAUGGUUACAGCCACUGUGAAGUUAGUGGACCUGGGAAGUGCAAGAUAAAUAAUGGAGGCUGUUGGCAUGAAUCUCGAAACGGUCAUGCUUUCUCUGCUUGUUCGGAUGCUAAUAAUGGUAAAUGUCAGUGUCCUCAAGGUUUUAAAGGUGACGGUGUGAACACUUGUGAAGAUAUUGAUGAAUGCAAAGAUAAGAAAGCCUGUCAGUGCCCAGAAUGUAGCUGCAAAAAUACGUGGGGCAGCUAUGAUUGCUCUUGCAGCGGAGAUCUUCUAUAUAUCAGAGACCACGAUACCUGCAUAAGUAAGAGAAGCACUGAAGUGAGAUCAGCAUGGGCGGCUUUUUGGGUCAUUUUGAUCGGCUUGGGAAUGGCUUCUGGUGGAGGAUAUCUGAUUUACAAGUAUAGAUUGAGGUCUUACAUGGAUUCGGAGAUCAGAGCUAUCAUGGCGCAGUACAUGCCACUGGAUAGUCAAUCAGAAAUUCCAAAUCAUGUCAAUGAUGAACGUGCAUGAAAAUGACGAUUAUCGAUCUUUCAAGUAUUGCAAGGAUGUUGUGAUUCAUACCAUACCGUUUAUCAUCAAGUCAGGGUUUGAUGCGUCGGUUUUAUGUCUGUAAUGUAAAUGGACAAUAAAGACAUGUUAGAGUAGAAAUUGCCAUGUUUACACAAAUAGCGACAUGUUCUUACAGUUGAAGUAGGAUUGAAUUCGAGGCGGAUUAAAAGGGAUUUGGUUGUAACGUUUUGUAAUUUUCCGCCCGUUCCCUUAAAUUUAGCCCCUCGAUUUAGUGGUGAUUCUGCAAUUCAUCGAUCCGGCUGUGAUGACAUCUAUUUUUUUUUUCAAAUGUCAAUUUAAGGAGUGAUAACUUUCUUGAGGA